CCCUUCUGCAAACACCUGUUGUGAAAGCAUGCUGUUUAUCUUGCCGUUUACAGGAAUUCACCUCAUCAUCUCCUCCCAAAGUCCAUGUGUCCACAACACCCUCUUAUAUCCACAGUAGAGUUGGAGUUGGACCCUCACUGUUAGACAGGAUAGCCAAGGAGGACAGGCAGAGAGGUUCCAGACACUCUUCAGGAUGAUGAUGCUGCUGCUUCUUCUGGGCAGCUGUGCAAUGUCAAUAGCUGCCCCUUCAUAUCAGUGUGACCCCACCAAAGUGGCUAUUAAUGGUGGCAACUACUCAAUAAGUGAAGAUGGCAUGAAUGUGGAAUACAAAUGUCCAAAAGGAAAGUAUCCAUACCCAGCUGCUACACGUGAGUGCCAGAGAGAUGGGCAAUGGACAGAUCCCAAAAGAAAAGCUGCAUGUAGAGAUUUUGAAUGCCCCAGACCAGUUAUGUUUGAGGGUGGAGACUAUUCACCGCGUAAAGCAAAGUAUUUUGUGGGUGACGUCCUGGAAUUCGAGUGCUGGGGCGGAUUCGAUAUGCGUGGACCUGAAAACCGCACGUGUCAGGAGAAUGGAAAAUGGAAUGGAGAAACAACAAAAUGUGAUGACGGCGAGGGUCAUUGCCCCAACCCAGGAAUCCCCAUUGGUGCCUCUAAAGUUGGUACUUCAUAUAGAAUUGAAGGCAAGGUCACCUAUGAUUGCCAGGAUGGACUGAAGAUAUUUGGAUCGAAGACUAGGGAAUGUAAAGAGAACAAGAAGUGGUCAGGAUCUGAGCCAUCUUGCAGAUCUUUUUACACAUAUGAUACCCCGGAAGAAGUGGCAAAGAUUUUUGGCUCCUCCCUUUCUGAAACCAUUGAAUCAUCAGACCCGGACAGAGUUGAAGUGACAGGAGAUCGUAAACUGCAAGUAAGAACAGGUGGCGACAUGAAUAUUUUUUUGAUUAUCGAUGCCUCAAAAAGUGUUGGACCGGACAACUUCAAGACUGCAAAGGAAAUUGCAACAACAUUCAUAGAAAGGGUUUCCACCUUUUCCUUCACACCUCGGUAUUCAGUCCUCACCUAUGCUUCAAACAUAAUCAGAAUUGUGUCUCUCUCCGAGUCCGAGAUCAAUACAGACGCUGACAAAGUUACAGAAGAAAUUAUGGCGUUUGACUAUCAAAGUCAUGAUGAUAAACAAGGAACUAAUACACGGGGUGCCCUUCAGGAAGUCUAUAAUCAGCUGUCGCUGGAUAACCAGAGAAACCCAGACACAUUUCUCAAAACUUCCAAUGUCAUCAUACUUAUGACUGAUGGAAAACAUAAUAUGGGUGGAGACCCAUCUGUGGAAGUAAACAAGAUCAGAGAGUUUCUGGGAAUCAGGAAGGACGUUCGAGAAGAUAAACUGGAUAUUUAUGUGUUUGGCUUGGGGGAUGAUGUCAGCGAGGACGAGAUCAAUGAUAUUGCCUCCAAAAAGGAUGGAGAGAAGCAUGUCUUCAAGAUGGAAUCUAUAGACGAUCUAAAGAAGUCCUUUGAUAAGAUAAUCAAUGAAGCAGAGGCAUUUGAGAUGUGCGGCCUCUCCAAGGACUACUCAAAUGAAGUACAGGAAAAAUAUCCAUGGAUUGUUAAACUUACAGUCACUCGGCCAGGAGGAGUGGAGAACUGUAAAGGAUCCGUUAUAUCCAAGAACUUCAUUCUAACUGCUGCUCACUGCUUCCACUUGGAAGACGAACCACACACUGUCAAUGUGGACAUUGGAGGAAGUGGAAAGAAAGUCAAAAACCUCUACCGCCAUCCAAAAUAUAACCCCAUCGGCAAGAAAGAUAAGAAUGUUCCUAAGUCCUUUGAUUAUGAUUUGGCUCUUGUCGAACUAACCCAAAAGAUUGAGUUUUCUUCAAAAGUCAGGCCUAUCUGUCUUCCAUGCACAUCUGGAACAUCCUGGGCAUUGAAACAACGGGACAAGGAGGGGCCUUGCAGUGAACAAGAAAAGCUGCUACUCUCUGAAGAUCUGGUGAAAGCAUUGUUUAUUUCGGAAGUAAAGAAAAAUGAAUUUGACCAGAUGGAUGUACAGAUAAAGCAAGGGAACAAGAGACUAGGCUGCCUUGCAGAUGCCAAGAAAGUAAAAGAUUUUAAAGAUGUGGCAGAUAUUAAAGAUGUUGUAACUGACAAUUUCCUGUGCACCGGAGGAAUAGACCCAGAAGUGGAUCCCCAGACAUGCAAAGGAGAUUCUGGUGGUCCUCUUAUUAUAGAACAUAAAAAACGUUAUAUUCAGGUUGGAGUAAUAAGCUGGGGAACAGUGAACAGCUGUCAAGGAUUAAGAAGACAACGUCCAGUCCCUGCAGAAUCUCGGGACUUCCACGCUACUGUUGUACAAGAAAGGGCAUGGAUGAAAGAGGUUUUGGCAGGAGAUCUUAUAUUCCUGGAUUAAACCUUCCAUAUCUUCUGAACAUAGAGGAAGAUAUAAGACUCGCUGUCGGUUGUGUGACAACUUAACGAUAUUUCAGCUUUGGAUAUUUGUCAUCACCUUCUUACAUUGCUCGCUGACUCAGGUGGUGACUCUGGGCCU